GGGGAGGGGGACCGCGCCAACAAAAGGGGCGCAUUAUUAGCAGCUGGCAACCGAACUAAUGGGAUUUUAAUUCUAUCUCGCGCUGGGCUGACGCGCUCUCAGUGUUCUCCCAAAGCUUGUGGUGUGAGGGUGUCCGCCGGUGCGCUCGUGGAAACUGCUGAAAGACCUUGUUCGUAGAUACACACAGACUUCCCACUUGGAUGUCUGAGAUUAAAAUGGUGGAGCUCAAGGCGAAGGCAUGCGUGGCCGCGCUAUGUGUCUGUGAGCGCACGACGACGCCCCUCAACGCCCACACGCCCACACCCACAGUCCUCCCACCCCACACGCGCCAACACACCCACAGCCUCCUCCUCCCGCACCCACACCCGCACACCCACCCCCACACCCACACCCACGCCCAGCCCCAGCCACAGCUCGCGGCGCCGCAGGUCAAGAUGCCCUCGGGUCCGCAUGCGUCGCGAAUCGUGCGGAAGUACAGGAGGUCGCGGCUGAAGCGAGUCAAGCGGCAGGAGUACAAGAAGCUGCGGGACAUGGUGCCGGCGCUGCAGGAGAAGCCGCGCGUGUCCAAGGUGGAGGUGAUCGAAGAAGCCAUUAAAUACAUCGACGAGUUACACACGGCGCUGAUCGAGAGGUUUCGCACCCGAGGGCUUCCGGCGACGCUUAGAGAUCUGCCUCUGGACUCGCGGGAGGUCCACGGCGGCAACAUCCGGGACCUCGUGAGACACCUCCUGGCCACCUCCAACCCCGCCUCCCUCCCCCCCGCGCGGAUCGAGAACGCCCGGACGCUGCCUUCCUUCAUCCAGAAAAUCGGAAAAGCGAGGAGGAUCUAAGACGAGAGGAGGAAGGAGAGGAGGAAGAGAGAAAGGGGGAGGAAGGUGGGGUGGAAAAAAGUCGGGAGGGAAUGAAGAAGGAAGAAGGAUGGGGGAGAUAUCAGGGGAUACGAAAGGAAGGGGAGGAAGGAAGAGAGAGGGUGAGAGGAAGAUGGUAAAAGAGGAUGUUGGAGAGGGAGGUGGUGGAAGAGGAGGAUGAAGAGGGAGACGAAGUAGAAGAGAAGGAGCGGGAAGAGAAAGAAUGAAUGGGAGAAAGAAAGAAGAAGAAAGAAAAUGUAAAGCAGAGCGAAGGAAAUACAAGCUUAAGUCUGUCAUUCUCAUUCCUGGCAACAAGGACACGCAUACAUAUACAUAAACAAUCAGAGAGAGAGAGAAAGAGAGAGAGAGAGAGAGAGAGAGAGAGAGAGAGAGAGAGAGAGAGGAUAACUGAGAGGAUGGAUGUGAAUGAGUGAGUGAUUAACUGAACAGGAGACCCAGACAGAAAAAGAGAGAAAAAGAAAAGAAAAAAGAAAACAAGAUAAAGAGACAAGAAAGAGAGAGAGGGAGCGAGAGCAAGGAGCUCGUAUCUCGACAAGCGGUCCCUCUCGGCGGAACGGGCGCGCGCAGGACAGGGAGAAGAAUGGCCCGGACGGAGAUCACGGCAGUCGAUACGAGGAGCGUGAACCAGCGCCAGCUUCAGGAGCGUGAGAGUGAGAGGCUUAGAGCUUGAGUGGCAGACAAUGGCGAAAGCGGCGGGCGGCGAGGAGGCGAGUGACACCCCGAACACCAGCUGACACUCCGACACGGUGUGACACUGCAGGGGUACCUCACGGAGGGCUUUGGGAGUGCCAGCUAUACCACGUCUAGAGAAGUGGGAGUUUUAUAGAAGGAAAAUGGCAGACUGUAUUAACGUAUUUUCUAUUGAAAUCUAAGUAUUUUUUUCCUCCAGAGACAUGGCCUCGAACCCACUCUGUGUAGGCGAGUGAGAGGUAUACGAAAGCAUAUCUCAACACAAAAGCCCUUCUGAAAGUACUAGAUGUUAUUUAAUAGUGAAGAAUCGCUGUGUCUCUUUCCUUCUGCAGUGAACCAACAUGAUCCCACGUGAGAAGGAAAAUAAACAACAACAAUUGAAAAAAGCGAAGUAGCAGAUCUGAACGAAACAAAGUGAAGUUAUGGUGUUGAUGAUAUGGUAAAAACGUUUGUGAACGUUUUGUUUCUUAAAACCCACGUUUGGUUCGCCAGGGAUCAGUGUGUGGUAGUGUGAUGGAUAAGUUGUUUUUUAUUGUAAGUGGAACAGAGUUGUAUUGUACCUCUUGGCAGAUACGUAUUACUAUUAGAAACUUUAGUAUAAUGUUCCUUGAAGGUUCAUGGGAACAGAUGUUGCGUGUUAAGAAUUCUAUUGUCCUCUUUGACAAGGAUCUACUGUAUUAACCCCGAGAACCUGUAAAGGAAUUUUUUAAAAACAUUUUUAAAAGAAGUCUUGUGUAAAGAGACAGUGAAGACACAGACCAUCACUGAAAUAGGCAGAAACUAUGUAAUUUCCAAUGUGUGGACACUGUUCUUAGUACGUCAUGUGUUAUCCCGCACGGCGCCAGAUGUGUUCACGUGGUGUAGUUAUCAAAUCUAAUUCCAGUAAUGAAAUUGAAAUGUGGCGAUGGUGUGAUUUAUUCAUGACAGUGCGAUGCGACAGCCAGCCCUGCAUCCCCGUCAGAAAUGACAGCGAGAGAUCGUGUGUCUAAUAUUUGGACUCGGUCUUUAUCGCUGUUCAAGAAAUAUGGGCCAUUAUUCAAGGAAAUUUCGUCCGUAGUUAUAGGUCUAGUUUUCUUGCAAUGUUGAAAAUACUUGAGUUGAGAAUGUGGUAUAGAGAAGGUGAAAAUUUGAGGAAUGUACGGUAACAUUUGUAUGUUUAUCUUCAAACGUACUUUACUGUCCUGUAGAUUCCCACAGUAAUGUAGAAAGAUAUUGCAGUGUUAAUGCAUAAUACAGUAAUACAACAGUAUGUUAGCGACACAAUAAAUACGUCACAGUUGUGACAACUGAACGGGUAACAGUUCACCACAACGUAACCCUGAAAUACAAGUUACCCAACCCUGUGAUAGUCGCGCCUCAGGCCUCUGUCUUUUCGAAUAUUUUUUUCCUUCUUUUCUCUUAGUGUAUUUUCGCGUGUGUAUAUCUGGUUGAAUUUGAAACUUCUUGAAUUUGGGUGUGACAUUAUUCUCCGCAUGUCUGAAUCUGUCUCGAGUAAAGAGAAGAACAAAUAAUAAUGAUAAUGAUGAAAAUAAAGAUGGUGUGUGUGUGGCUCUCCCUUGUCAAAGUAAGAUUUUCGUCAGACCUUGGCCCAUUUUCUUUCCUAGCGAGGAAGUCACUCUGUAUUUUCUGUAUUGCCGUGUGCUUGUUUGCGUGCGUCGUUGCUUGUCGGUGUGACUGUUUACAUGCGUCGUUGCUUGUUUGCGUACGUCGUUGCUUGUCAGUGUGGCUGUUUACGUGCGUUGUUGCUUGUCGGCGUGGCUGUUUGCGUGUGUCGUUGCUUGUUUGCGUGGUUGUUUGCGUACGUCGUUGCUUGUUUGUGUGGCUGUUCGCGUGCUCGGAGCGAUGACAAGGAAACCCUCGACAUAGGAUCGCUUCAGCUGAAAUAUAAGUGCUUUAUUAUAUAACUAAUUUUAUAACUCCGUCCUCUGCGACUUUUUGUGUAUAGAUAUAUAAUUCGAUGUUAUUAUUUUCUCAAGUUGUCAUAACAAAGGAUAAUUCAAGUGCCUUCAAAUGCCGAAAGGUAUUUUUCUUCUUUUAACAGAAGCAGUGGACUUUUUUAUGCAUAUAAUCACUAACGAAGAUGUCAGUAAAGUGUAAGAGACCCAUGAUACAUAUCUUAAAUACUUAAUGUAAAAAUAAUGCUACUUUAGUUCUUGAUAAAAAAUAUAUACCCCCGGUGUGAUUACACACAUUCACACUCACACACACACACACACACACACACACACACACACACACACACACACACACACACACACACACACACACACACACA